CGAUCCCAGCAGGAAGCCUCGUGUUUUUAAUCCGCCGAACAAAUAAAUAUAAAUGGCUAUAAACCGCGGCGUGUUGUUGGAUCUGCGCGCGCGCGGGGAGGGUUUGGCGUUGUGUUUAUGUAGUCCUGAGUGGAGCCUGGCGCGUGCGCUAAUUUUAGCUCAGUCACUUCAGUUGGUUAAAAUUAUUUAUCACGAAUGAAAGAAAAAUAAAUAAUAAUAAAAUAUAAUGAUCGAUUUGACAGGCGUGUGUAGGAAUCGAUUUGGUGACAGGAAGACUCAUGGGUAAAGUGGCUAGCUAACGGAUUAGCAAAAAAAAAUAAAAAAUACAGGGCGGGUUACACUUAGCCUGGGCUAGCAUGCUAGCGUGUGUGUGCUAGUUAGCCAGGCUAGCUGGUGUCAGCAGUGCGUGUCUGUCAAAGAUUUAUUCUUUUGUUUAAGUAAUUGAAGUAAAUACAUUUACCAAAUGUUAGAUGUUUAAAAUAUUUAUCCAUCCUCCAUGCUAGCUAGUCAGAGCUGUGUGUUAGCCGUGCUGUCUACAGCGUCGAAUUAUUCUGAUAUCGCGGUUAGAAUAUAAAUGAAACAUUCUUAAAACCCAAACACACACACAAGCCUUUCUGUUCAUGUAAUGUUUUCAAUUUAAUUUGAUAGGUUUUGUGAAUAGCUUUAAAUUCUCAGUGUGGAACGAGUCAAGUUCCUGGACGUUAGCAGAAAUUUAAGGAAGUGAUCCGCAUCUCAUUUAGCAGCUUAACAGCCACACACACACACACACACACACUCUGCCUGUCCAAAAAAGGGCACCAUUUCAGAUGGGCUCAAUUUAUUAGGCCUCAUCAAAGAGAAUUACUUAGAAGAUUUGAAAUGUCUGGAGUGGGUUGAUAAUCUGUAAGUAUAGUGCUGAGCUGUCAUCUGAACAGCGAAGACUUAAUCGCUUGGGGAAGUUGCUUGGUAAAAUCUCAAACUCAUUUUUGAAGCAGAAAAAAAAUCACAGCUAUGUGUAAUAAUGAAAGUGACGAGAACUCUUAGGAUUGAGGCUAAACAGCUGUAACAAAAAUAAACUUGUUAGUAAGCUAGAAAGCAUAAAGAUUAUACUUUGGAGCGGUAGAAAAAGUCCAUAGAGUCCAGAUUGAACCUAUUCCAGAGCAAUGGGCGUGUCAGGGUAAGAAAGGAAGCGCAUGAAGUAAUGUACCCAUCAUGCAUAGUGUCCACUGUACAAGCCUCUGGAGACAGUGUUAUGAUCUGGGGUUGCUUCAGUUACUCAGGUCUAGACUGAGCAACGUUAUGUGGAAAUAAAAUAAAGUCAACUGACGACUUGAAUGUACUGAAUGACCAGUUGAUCACAUCCAUGGAGUUUUUCCAUCCCUGAUGGGACGGCCAUAUACCAGGACUCAGAGUGUGAAACAGUGGCUCUGGGUGCAUGAGGAAUCAUUUACACACAUGGACUGGACACCACAACCUGUGUCAUAAUCCAAUUGUAAUCAAAGCUAAAGGAGUUAAAGUUCCACGCAAUUUUCGUUUGUUGGAGGAGCUGGAAGAAGGUCAAAAAGGGGUCGGCGAUGGCACGGUGAGCUGGGGUCUGGAGGACGAUGAGGACAUGACCUUAACACGGUGGACGGGAAUGAUUAUCGGACCUGCACGAACUAAUUACGAAAACAGGAUAUACAGCCUGAAAGUGGAGUGCGGCCCUAAGUAUCCCGAAGCACCACCGACUGUUAGAUUUGUAACAAAAAUUAGCAUGAAUGGAAUAAAUAAUUCCAACGGGAUGGUGGAUGCACGUAGCAUACCAAUUCUAGCUAAAUGGCAAAAUUCAUAUAGCAUUAAAGUUGUUCUUCAAGAGCUACGGCGUCUAAUGAUGUCCAAAGAGAAUAUGAAACUUCCUCAACCGCCUGAAGGACAGACGUACAGCAAUUAAUUGUAAAUGAUUGUUUCUGACCAUCUGUCUUAAAAACAAAAGGAUAAAAAAAAAAAAAACACCUUACUCUAUUAAUCUCAUGUGUCAUCCGAGAUAACGAAAGAAAAAAAAAAACAUGCAACUGUUAAAUUUGUUCACUCUGCACAUGAACAGACAUCAUUACUACGGGCAGGACUGGAAGUUUGAAAAUAGUUUAGCUUCUGAAGAAAAAAAAAACUAAACGGUAAACGCGAGUCUCCGUGUGGAAUCCACUUGUGAUGGAGCGCAAUUUUUUUUCUCCUCCAGUCAUGUUAUGUCAUGCGGUAUUGUUUUUUUUUUUUUUUUUCCUUUACUACAUAGCCACAGAAAAAAAUAGGGCAAGAUGGAUCUUUUUAAGUUAAUCUGGCAGGAAAAAAAAAAAUCUGGCCUGUAGAGAUGCCUGUAUAAUACGACAGCAUGAUUAGUUUGGAGGGAAAAGAAAUAAAACAUCAGCGUAAUAAAUUAUCUGAAUGAUAGAAGCCUUUGUGACAAUUAUACUAAAGCGUGCCUGUAGUCUAGUAGUAGUUUCACUAAUGGAGAGGAGUAGCUGGUCCUUUUUUUUUUUUUUUUCACUUGUAUGACCAUAGCUGUUUGUUUCAGUACGCUAUUUUUCUGUUUUAAACCAAACCAUUCAUUAACUUCUCUAGAAGACGUCAGGUACAUUUAUAACAUUUGAUCAUCAUAAAAAACCCAUAAUGACCUUUCUCUCUCUCUCUCUCUUUCUCUCUCUCUGUCUCUCGUUCUCCUUUCCUCCUACACUGUUUACUGUCCACCAGAUGUACAUGCCUAGCUCGUUGCGAAUGAAACAUGCGACUGUACGACGAAGUGACACGACACAUUUUGUGGCUUUUCCACGGCACGCCACCACACCGCACCUUGAUGUGCCACUUCAAGCGCCCUGCAAAGCCCCCCCCCAUUCAUAAUCCCAGCCUGAAAGUUCAACUGUAAUCACUUAUCUGCUCGUGAGCCUAAUUUUUUUUUGUUGAGUAAUUCGAAGCAAGUACACUGUAAUAACGAAUAGCUAACGUAGUCGAUACUUGUUAAUAAGCUAUGAAAGCUUAGAGGUGUGUUUUUUUCCUUCUCUAAAAUCAAUCGCAAAGAUACAAAAUGAAGCGUUAACACCGCUCGCUAUCUCGAAAAACGUUUUUUGGUCCCUUUUGGUCUUUUUUUUUUUUUUUUUUAAAGAUAUAUUAUUCUGGUUUUGUUGAAUUUGUGACACAGGGGCUGUUAUCAGGAUAAUAAAUAUUGUCGAACACAA